AUGGUGGCCUACUGGCGAUAGGCUGGACUCAGCUAUAUCUGAUACUCUCAGAUCUGUGCAAAAGCAGUGAGGGAUGCACUGAAGGCAGAAUUCAAAGCAAAUGCCAAGAAGACUUCUGGCAGCAGCAUAAAACUUGUGAAAGUAAAAAAGGAAUAAUCAACCCUGACUAAAGCUUGAAAUGCUACAUUUUCAAGGUGAAGAAGUGUGGGCACAUGUUAUGGCAGAUUAAAAUCAUCUCACUUCAUGAAAAAAAAACUGUCUUGUUCAUAAAUUGAU